AUGUCAAGUGUGGUGUAUUCCAGCAGCAAGAUGCAGUCCCAGAUUCCGGUGCCUGUGCCAGUGCCCGACAUGUUCCCCACCACGAUCAGCGGCGCCGCCAAGGUGUUCCGCUACCAGCACAUUAUGCCGGCUCCCAAUCCCGGCCAGGAGAUAAUCUCCAGCGGUGGAAGCUCCAUGCCCAUCAAGACGCGCAAGUAUACGCCGCGUGGCAUGGCUCUGGAGAGAUCUUCAGCCUCGUCCUCAUCCUCAUCAUCAUCGUCCUCCUCCUCCUCCUCAUCGGUGCUGGGGGCUGGCGCACCGUACAACGUGGACCAGUCGCAGUCCGUGCAGCGGCGCAACGCCAGGGAGCGCAACCGCGUGAAGCAGGUGAACAACAGCUUCGCCCGAUUGCGGCAGCACAUCCCUCAGUCGAUCAUCGCUGACCUGACCAAGGGAGGUGGCCGGGGGCCGCACAAGAAGAUCUCCAAGGUGGACACGCUGCGCAUAGCCGUGGAGUACAUCCGCCGGCUGCAGGACCUCGUCGACGACCUCAAUGGCGGUGCGCCCGCCAGCUCCAGCGCCGCCAGUGCCGUUGUCAGCCAGCUGCAGCUCUGCCUGGACGAGGAGACCUGCAGCAAUAGCUCCAGCAGCUCCGGGAGCAGCAGCCACGGGAGCCACCACCUCUACUACAGCAGCUCCCUGGCAGCAGCAGCUGCGGCGGCGGCUGCCACGACGACAACAACUCCGCUGCAGCAGCAGCAGCAACUACAGCGCCAGCAGUUCCCCCAUCAGCAGCCAUUGGCACCCAUCUCGCUCAACAGCAACCUGGUUGGAGUGGGAGUGGGAGCAGCAGCAGGUGGUGCCACCAUCAGCAUCCCCGGGCAGACGACGGCCUGCCACUCGCCCACCUCCUCCUUCAACUCGAGCAUGUCCUUCGACUCGGGCACCUAUGGCGGCGCCCCAGCAGCUGUCGGCACCCCACAUGGAGCUGGACAUGGAACUGGAGCCGGAGCGCAUGACGCCCAGCUGCAGCUCAAGUUUGAGCCAUACGACCACUUCCAGCUGGACGAGGAGGACUGCACGCCCGAUGACGAGGAGAUCCUAGACUAUAUCUCCAUGUGGCAGGAGCAGUGA